UCUGAUUUGUAGAAUAAAUCAUCCGCAGAUGAGUUAUUGAUCCGGAAAAUCUGCGAAUAUCUUUCUAACUUUAGCGAAGUUUCAUCAAGAUGAACUAGCGGGGGAGUAACCCUGGACGGGUUUUGUUGUGGGGAAUGAACGGAAGUGCAGUCAGAGAUCACCAUCAGCAGCUGGAGGCCGGACAGCUUUCGCUUUCUCCGUCUGAGGAAUGAAAAGUGCGUAAAGCUGCGGACCGAGCGCGCCUCGUCUCCCCUGCAGGGCGACCACCUGGUGAUUACCUGCUGGAGGCGGAGUUACACUGACAGGGUCAUGUGGUAAUCAGCGCUCUGAGGACAAGAUGACGCUCACUUCCUGCUCCACCGCCCAACACCAUAUAUGGAUGUGGUAUGUUCUGGUUCUGCUCACAGCUCCUCCAGCAGCUCCAGGGGGUUACCCAGCGGAGCCGUGUGAUGGGCGGGACUGCAGCACCUGCCAGUGUUUCCCAGCGAAAGGAGCGAGGGGUUCUCCAGGUCCUCUGGGUCCGCAGGGCCCUCAGGGGCCCCGGGGCUUCCCAGGCCUCCAGGGACUUCCAGGACAGAAGGGCCACAGAGGAGAUGAGGGGCCGAUGGGACCUGCCGGUGCAAACGGAGACAAUGGAGUCACCGGCAUGCCUGGAUUUCCCGGCCUAGAAGGAGUCCCGGGACACCCAGGCCCAGCCGGAGGUCGCGGGCCUCCAGGUUUGGAUGGAUGUAACGGAACCAGAGGAAACCCCGGGUCCCCUGGGUUCCAAGGAGAACGGGGAAUGGACGGAGAACAGGGCGUUCCAGGUCCGAAGGGAUUUCCAGGAGAGACAGUGAACUACCUGAUCCAGUUCCCCGGCGUUCCUGGAGAGGCGGGGCCCGGUGGACAACCUGGCCUGCAGGGCGAAGAGGGCAUGCCCGGACCGGCCGGACCCGCUGGCCCCGCCGGGUCCGACGGAGACGACGGAAUACCUGGUCCACCUGGUUUCAGGGGUCCACCUGGAGAGAGAGGCCGAUUAGUGCCGGGGCCGGAAGGAGACCAGGGAGAGCAGGGCGAUCAGGGGCCUCCAGGGCCCUUUGAGUACGUGGAGCCUCCAGACGACCUCUACGUCAAAGGGGAGAAGGGAUCUCCAGGGGAAAAUGGCGAGGAUGGCAUUGAAGGGCUCCCGGGUCUGGAUGGACUGCCUGGCAUCAAAGGAGAGAAGGGGAUUGUUGGGUUUCCAGGAUUCAGAGGGUAUACUGGUCGACCCGGUCCUUCUGGAGCAAAGGGCAUUAAGGGGAUGAUGGGAAGCCUGGGUCUUCCAGGACUGAUCGGUCGAGAAGGUCUUAAGGGCGAUGCUGGUGAUCCGGGCCCUAAAGGCCGCAGUCAGUACAGUGACAUCACUCACAGAGGUGACGCCGGGGAGCCUGGGAUACCCGGAGAGAGGGGUCUUCCUGGCGACAUGGGCCCCACAGGAUGGCGAGGCCCUCCAGGACUCCCAGGAAGAUCAGAACCAGGAGUCGUAGGUAUCGAUGGCCAGAAGGGCGAACCUGGAUCCAAAGGGGACAGAGGAGAGCCAGGUCCGAUUAUAGAAGAAUUUUCUCCUGGAGAACCUGGAAAACCAGGACCGCAGGGACAGCGGGGGCUUAAGGGACCGAGGGGCAGUCCAGGAAGUUAUUGUGUUCCGGGGGUCCCAGGAAUUAAUGGAGACCCAGGUGACCAGGGCUUUCCAGGACCACCGGGUUUUACCGGGCCCAAAGGUGAUCCUGGCUCGUGUUUGUGUGGCCCUCCAGUUGAACUGUGGGGGGCCCCUGGUCCUGUAGGGGAAGCAGGGAAACCAGGGCCACCAGGACCAGGAGGAGCCCCCAGCCCCAGAGGAGAGACAGGUCCACCUGGAGACAGAGGAGCGACGGGUGCAGCGGGCGUGGUCGGAUUUCAAGGUGUGAAAGGCAUUAAAGGACAGAAAGGAGUCUCCAGAGUGGUGGAUGUUAUAGGUGAAAAGGGACAAAGGGGCGGAUGGGGCCCCGAAGGCAAACCAGGAUCCCCUGGCAGAGAUGGACACUGUGGGGCUCCAGGAGCUCCUGGAAACCCCGGACCGGAGGGGGAAAGUUUCAGUGGUUGUACCGGAGAGAGAGGCCUUAGAGGAUUCCAAGGACCAAAGGGACUUUUAGGUCCACCGGGUCCCCAGGGGAACAGCGUGGUUGGGGCCUAUGGAGAGCCUGGGCUGCCAGGAAAUCCAGGACUUCCAGGAUUCCCUGGACCAAGAGGACAACCGGGGAUUCCAGGUGACCAUCUUCGCUGUUUGACUACAACACCAGGUCCCCCUGGGGAGAAGGGAGACCCUGGAGCACCAGGUGUGCCAGGUCCUCCAGGUGCUGCUGGUUAUCAAGGGAACCAAGGGCCGGAUGGGCUAAAAGGAGACAUGGGACCGAGAGGUCUACAGGGACCGCCUGGGAACGAAGGGCCUCAAGGUCAUGUUGGAGACCCCGGAGAGGACGGAAAUGAGGGUUUUAGUUAUGACGCAACUCCAGGCUGUCGAGGUCCCCCGGGCCCUUCUGGACUCCCCGGACCAAGGGGCCACGAUAAUUACGGCCCCCCAGGACCCGAAGGCCUGCCUGGACCACGGGGGUUUCUAGGACCAAAAGGGGUUCUUGGCCCUCCAGGCAAUCAGGGAGCCCCAGGCGUCCUGGGCCCUCCUGGGGACCCUGGAAGAAAGGGGCAGAAAGGAGAUGGAGGGGCCAACGGUGGAACAGGCCCCCCAGGGUCCACAUCAGACCGAUGUAAUACAGGAACUCCUGGUGAAAUGGGCGUCCAGGGACCUCCGGGACCUUCUGGCUAUGCAGGUGUGCGAGGCCCAAAAGGUGAAACUGGGGACAGAGGUCUUUCAGCCACUGGUUGUAAAGGAGAAGUGGGAGAUCCUGGAUUUCCAGGUUUUCCUGGGACAAGGGGGCCACAGGGGCCAACAGGUCCUGUUGGAGACCCCGGCCCACCAGGGCCUUUUGGUCAAAAAGGUCUGCCUGGGCCCCAGGGCUUUGAAGGAUGGCCUGGUUUUCCAGGGAGAAAAGGACUCACCGGAGGCCAAGGCAGACCCGGAGAGCCGGGCCCCAGGGGACAAGAUGGAGCUCCAGGUUGUGUGGGCCCUAAGGGACAGAAAGGUUGUAGAGGCAGUCCAGGUCCUCCAGGGGAUUCCAGCUGCAUUCCCGCGAAGGGCCCCAGAGGACUAAUGGGACCCGCUGGCAUCACCGGAUUCCCUGGACCCCGAGGAAAUAAAGGAAUGAGGGGUCCUCCAGGUAACCCAGGAUCUCCAGGCUACCGUGGACCUCCAGGCAUUCAGGGACCCCGGGGACCCCAAGGGCCACUGGGCAAACAAGGGCCACCCGGACCUCCUGGAUCCAAAGGACAUCAGGGAUACAUGGGCUUUCCUGGGCAGACUGGAGAACUGGGAGAGCCAGGAUGUCCUGGAACACCUGGAAACCCUGGUAAUUCAGGAUGUCGUGGACCUAAAGGGGAUAAAGGAGACUCUGUUAAUAUCUGUAAUCCACCUGGGGAUAAAGGACGUCCUGGACCCAGGGGCAUUAAUGGCCCUCCUGGUCCUCAAGGAGAUCUGGGACCGACAGGCUUUCAGGGGCCACCGGGACAGAAAGGAUGCAAAGGACACAUUGGCCCUCCUGGAGUUUCUGGUGAACCAGGUGGGGUCAGUCCCCCGGGCCCCACGGGUCGGUCAGGACCUCCAGGUCCUCGUGGUGAAACAGGAGCUGAUGGUGUCCCUGGACUAAAUGGCUACCCAGGACAAAAAGGAGCUCCGGGGCCACCAGGACUUCAUGGACUGGACGGACUAAGUGGACGGAAAGGAGCCAUGGGCAUCAAAGGUCUGUGUGAGGUUGGCUGUCCAGGUGGAAGAGGUCCUCCAGGAGAUAAAGGUCCCCAUGGUCCUCAGGGUCCCCCUGGUAUGUCCCAGUCAGGACCACCAGGACCCAAAGGCCCACCGGGACCCACAGGGCCUCUUGGUGUUGAAGGGCCACCAGGUCCACCUGGAGACUUCUGUAAAAACCCAAAUCCUGGGCCACCUGGGGAUCCUGGUUAUGAGGGCCCAGAUGGAGAUCCAGGUUGGCCUGGCGAAACCGGAGAUCCAGGUCCAAACCCGUCUUUCUCUGGGGAGAUGGGAGACGAGGGCGAUCCAGGAUUCCAGGGGCCAAAAGGCCCUCCGGGUUUUCAGGGGCCAACAGGACCAGGAGGACGUCCUGGAGACCAAGGAGCUAAAGGUGUGAAAGGGGAGCAAGGUCUGCUGGGAGUUCCUGGAGAACAGGGUCCGAGGGGCCACCCUGGUUUCCACGGGGCCAAAGGACCGACGGGCCCCCCAGGACUAAGGGGUCCCAGGGGGGAGCAGGGGCGAUUGUUGCCGGUUGACCCGGACCUGCCAGACGGGGGCCCUGAAGGACCACCCGGUCCCCCUGGAGCUAAGGGAGAACAGGGCCUGAUGGGAGAAAUCGGGCCCCCAGGGCUGAAGGGGGCAAAUGGAGAUCGCGGGGAAGACGGAUCGAUAGGAACCUGUGGGCCGCCAGGUGAGCCGGGAGCCACGGGAGAGCCAGGUCUGCCCGGGGAGAACGGCAUGCUGGGAGAGAAAGGUGAUCCAGGGCCCCGUGGUAACCCAGGUCCUCCAGGACCGGACCAAGCACCCAACCUGGGCUUCCUGCUGGUGAAGCACAGCCAGUCGGUCCAGAUUCCCACAUGUCCAUCAAACAUGCAGCAGCUUUGGACCGGAUACAGUCUGCUGUACCUGGAGGGCCAGGAGAGGGCGUACGCCCAGGAUCUGGGUCAGGCAGGAUCCUGCGUCCGCGUCUUCUCCACUUUGCCCUUCUCCGUCUGCAACACCAGGAAAUGCCGCUACGCUGCUCGAAACGACAAAGCCUAUUGGCUGGCGACGAUGGCCACGCCUCCAAAGAAACCCUUUAACGGAGCCGCCAUCCAGAACUACAUCAGCCGCUGUGUUGUGUGUGAAGCGCCCGCCCCUGCUGUGGCGAUGCACGACCCCAACACCCCAGAACCGCCGCCGUGUCCCCCCGGGUGGAGCCACCUGUGGUAUGGACACUCCUUCAUUAUGUUCUCAGGUGGAGGUGAUGAGGGCGGCGGCCUCUCCCUGAUGUCACCAGGAAGCUGCCUGCCGCAGUUCAAAGCUCAGCCCUUCGUGGAGUGUCAGGGCGCCAGGGGAACCUGCCACUUCUUCGCCAACGUCUACAGCUUCUGGCUGACCACCCUCAACAGCACCGACAGCGUGCUGACCGACUCCAGGCAGCAGCAGGAUCACGUGGCCAGGUGUAAUGUCUGCAUCAGGAUGUGAGGGGGCAGGCAGGUGGCGCUCCUCCGCCUUCUUCAUGGGAGACCCGAGGGACGCCGCGCCUCUGCGUUAACGAGGGAACCGGGGACACGCUAGACGGGCCGAGGCUUUUAGUCCGAUGAGGAGAAACUGUGAAGGUAGAGAUUACAGCUGCUGAUCAGGAGAGCGGAUCCACCGCCGGCCUUUCAAACGGGUUCGUCUCCGCUUCAGGGACGUUUGAGUCGUUAGAAGGUCGGCAGCAGUGACUCCAACUAGAAAAGGAAAAAACGUUUAGCUCAAAUUUUUAAAAAUGUCUCAAUCUGUCUGGUUUCCCUCCGGCUUCAGCGUGGCAGAGUAACAAGAAGAAAAAUGAAAAAUGAAAUAAAGGGCACCUCUGUAAAGGUCUCCUCUCUGGGUCGAUCCAGUCUUAAAACCAGAAGCAUGUGUUAAAUGUAAUAUAGAAAAUAAAUAUAGUAAUCUGCUCACAGUAGUUAUUAUGAAACUGUUAGCACUGCAGCUCUACAAACCGUGCAAUAAAGGAAAAGUUGGAUUAAAUAAAAGUUUAAAACAUUUUAUCAGCAGGAAACGGCGUGUUGGGGAUCAGAGGAAACAAACUUCUCCCUUCCUUUAGUUUUCCUUCAUCCGGCUUUAAACCUCUCCAGACGGACAACGCUCUGCUCUCAGACAUCAGAACCAGAACUUUAUGGAUCUUUGCAGCUGCUGCCAGAAACGAACUCCGAGGUUCACUUUAUCCCCAAAAACCCAGACAGAGGGUCGAUAAACUGGACUCUGAGGAGAACGACCUGCUGGACCUUUUCCUUUCAAGCUUAAAUGCUAUUUUCUGUAGAGUCUCCAUUUAUAUUCUGAAAACAACACUUAGAAAUUGUAAGUUAGAAACUUUUAGAGCUUUGGAAAGCUCACAUUGCUCUGACACUGGUUUAAAGCUUUGUGAAUGCUGGUGAUGAAAGUUUAAUCUCUGACUGUUUUUGGCCUCAUAUUUUGUCAACAUGCCUUAUAACAAGUUAGCUGCUUCAUCUUAACGUACGUUCAUCUCCGUCACCUUGGAACCUGACGCCCCGCCCUCUGACAGCUGAUUGGCCGCUGUGACCUUUCUCUCCUCCCCUCGGACACUUAGCCCCGCCCCCCGGUGCAGAGACCACCACUGAUUGGUUGUCUGGGAGGCAGAAACGGUAAACUAGUCAGCGUUUUGUGUUUUUGUUAAGAACUGCGUGAAAAGCUGUGAAUAUUUUUUUUAUAUAUUUUUGAUCCACUUUAAAGUUUUGAGCGGGUUCUGUAGAAACGACCUCUGUGGUGUCGUUUGGAUUCAUGAUUAAAACAAAAUAAUAUGUUUGAACUUUGAAAUUCAGAAGAUUAAGGUCCAUUGACAUAUAGUUAGUCCAGAAUGGUCCUGAGAUUAUAAAUCCAACACAGAACAGAACCAGAGCAACCCCAAAUGAGAACGGCUCUAGAACCAGGAAGUGCUUCUGGUCCUGAUCCUCACAGUUUCCUCUUUGUGUUUAUCCUUUAGUCUGUAAUCAUGUUACUUUAAAUCUGGGGUUGAUGGUUUUCGUCUGCUUUGGUUUCAGUUCUUAGUCCUGGUUCAGUUUCUGGUCCCGGUUCUGGUGGUGGUUCUGGUGGAUUCACUAGAGAACUGUAAAUAUGUUUGAACUCAACUGUUUUAUAAGUUUUCUGUAAAUUUCAUCAGAGUAUUUAUUUAGUCUUGACAAUAAUGCUGGUGCUAUUUCAUGUUUGGUUUUGUUCUCAUUCGUCUCUUAUUCUGGUAAAUCAUGACAGGAUGAAGCCCCGCCAAAAUAAAGCACUUAUCGGACAAAUAAUGGAUUUUUAACAUUUUGGAAAGUUAAGUUAUAUUAAACUGGAUGAUGUCCAAAGUGUUUUGGAGGACAAAAUAUGAUAAUUGUUGAAUUUGGACUUAAAGGGAAAAUCAAGAGACAGAAAGUUUACUUUUUUUCAAAAGAAAAAAGUAAACUUUCUGUUUCCGAUUUUUAAUUGUAGCUAUUGUAAGACUACACUUCCCAUGACGCCUUAGAGAUGGAGGUGGAGCCUCUGUGUUUUUACAUUUAAAUCUGUUGACGAUAUUUUACUUUCUGUAGGAGGAAACUUCACACUAACAAUCCUGGAACAUUUUUACUUCCUUUGAAUGGAAAACUCUUCAAUAAACUGCAUCAAAAUGUCAA